UCAUCUUUAAAAAAAGGUAAGUCGAUAUUUUCAUGCCCGUUUGUCAUCAUUCUCGGGCAGUUUUACGCUUUUAAUUUCGAAUCAUUCUCAACAUUUAAUUCUGCGAUAUGCUCCGCCAACGAUUAAGUGAGAAAUACUCGAAUGAUCCGUACUAUCCUAGCGUUCCUAGCACACCCAGAACCCAUAACCUAAAAGAGGAAGUUCCUGUUUUGAGUGAAAGAAGAUUGUCCGUGUUUGGAUUAAUUCUGUGUUUCCUAGUAAUCGCAACGAAGGUUUUCACCCUGUAUAGAGAAGACAUUGAGAAAGCGAUUUUCGAACAGAAACUGAUUUCUUAUGAGACAUUGUCUGAAGAUGGGCGGGUUAUGUAUGAAUAUACUUGGAAGACAGCUGUUAAGUACAGCGGGUUUUGGUUACCACUGCUUUGCGGGAUUUUGAGCAGCUAUUUUACGUGGAUAAUGGUUUAUUUGGAUUCCAACGUACCUGGCGUUCAACCACCUAGCCCUUUUUCACCGAAAAAAUACAAAGAGCAGUCGGGGCACACUUUCCACUUGAAUUAUGUCUUUGCAGUAUUAGUUGGGGUUUUUGUGUUCUUCUACAUGUACUUCAGAGGGGUUUCCAUCCAGUAUUGAGGAAAAAGUAGUACAAAUAUUUAAAUAUACAUUUACUUUGUUCAAACAUAUAUUUUUGUAAGAUUUAGUAUUUUGUAGGUGUUUAUUGAUUUUAUUUACAUAUGUUUAUAUAUGUACGCAAUCAGUCAUUGAUUUUGUAUUCUUUUAAAAAAAUUAUAGAAUUUUUAUUUAUUUAUUUAAAAAAAUGGCAGUUUAUGUAUA